CCCGUCUCGGGGGCGACCCAGGUAACAGUAGCGUCAGCGUCAGUACGGCCCCGGUAAGGGCCGAGCCUGGGAGCUGAUAGUGAGGUCGGCCGAGCCUCUGACUGAAGUUAGAUAGUGCCGGCCGGCCUGAUAGUCGACUGCGGACGGCUGCCGCAGUGUCGAGCCGUCCGCGCCGCCGACCGCCAGCUCCGCCCCGCCCCGCAACAGGUCAUCAGAGGUCGUCCGAGGUCACAAGAGGUCACACAGGUGGCCGCCAUGGCGGUGUCCAGUCGCCGCUACCUCCGUGUAGCCCUCAUCUGUCUGGUGUACGCCCAAACAGGUGCCGCCGUGCCACGACCGGCUCAGGCGGAGCGGCCAACGCUGACUCCGAGCACGCUGUUCGAAGACAUCAACCGACAGGUCCAGGUGCUGUCCUCCUCGUUGGAGCAGCUGGACACAGCGGUGCAAGAGGCCAGCACCAUCGUGCUACCAUCGUCAACCAGCGCUGCAACCACUGCUUCGACCUCUCAGACAGCUUCCACGCCCAUGCCAACCACUUCGUCACCCACUCCUGAACCACCCAACCCGUCUUCCACGAACCCUCCCACUACUGAACCACCCAACCCGUCUUCCACGAACCCUCCCACUACUGAACCACCCAACCCGUCUUCCACGAACCCUCCCACUACUGAACCACCCAACCCAUCUUCCACAAACCCUCCCACUACUGAACCACCCAACCCGUCUUCCACGAACCCUCCCACUACUGAACCACCCAACCCGUCUUCCACGAACCCUCCCACUACUGAACCACCCAACCCGUCUUCCACGAACCCUCCCACUACUGAACCACCCAACCCGUCUUCCACGAACCCUCCCACUACUGAACCACCCAACCCGUCUUCCACGAACCCUCCCACUACUGAACCACCCAACCCGUCUUCCACGAACCCUCCCACUACUGAACCACCCAACCCGUCUUCCACGAACCCUCCCACUACUGAACCACCCAACCCGUCUUCCACGAACCCUCCCACUACUGAACCACCCAACCCGUCUUCCACGAACCCUCCCACUACUGAACCACCCAACCCGUCUUCCACGAACCCUCCCACUACUGAACCACCCAACCCGUCUUCCACGAACCCUCCCACUACCGAACCACCCAACCCGUCUUCCACGAACCCUCCCACUACUGAACCACCCAACCCGUCUUCCACGAACCCUCCCACUACUGAACCACCCAACCCGUCUUCCACGAACCCUCCCACUACUGAACCACCCAACCCGUCUUCCACGAACCCUCCCACUACUGAACCACCCAACCCGUCUUCCACGAACCCUCCCACUACUGAACCACCCAACCCGUCUUCCACGAACCCUCCCACUACUGAACCACCCAAACCGUCUUCCACGAACCCUCCCACUACUGAAACACCCAACCCGUCUUCCACGAACCCUCCCACUACUGAACCACCCAACCCGUCUUCCACGAACCCUCCCACUACUGAACCACCCAACCCGUCUUCCACGAACCCUCCCACUACUGAACCACCCAACCCGUCUUCCACGAACCCUCCCACUACUGAACCACCCAACCCGUCUUCCACGAACCCUCCCACUACUGAACCACCCAGCCCGUCUUCCACGAACCCUCCCACUACUGAACCACCCAACCCGUCUUCCACGAACCCUCCCACUACUGAACCACCUAACCCGUCUUCCACGAACCCUCCCACUACUGAACCACCCAACCCGUCUUCCACGAACCCUCCCACUACUGAACCACCCAACCCGUCUUCCACGAACCCUCCCACUACUGAACCACCCAACCCGUCUUCCACGAACCCUCCCACUACUGAACCACCCAACCCGUCUUCCACGAACCCUCCCACUACUGAACCACCCAACCCGUCUUCCACGAUCCCUCCCACUACUGAACCACCCAACCCGUCUUCCACGAACCCUCCCACUACUGAACCACCCAACCCGUCUUCCACGAACCCUCCCACUACUGAACCACCCAACCCGUCUUCCACGAACCCUCCCACUACUGAACCACAGUCAGCUGCCAUGCAAGCUGCGCGAGUAUCUCAUAUGCAAAAUUUGCUGUAUCGGGUAGCGGAGUCCGACAACGACUGUCCGACACCAAACGAGGUGAAUGAGAUACUGAACAAUGCCAGCCAGGCCCUGGCAAAGGUUGCCCAUGAAGAGUUUACAGAGGAAACGCGGGAUGCGCUCGUUGACAGCACAACCAAAGUCAACAAUACAGUCGACUGUGUCAAAAACAAUCAGACUCAGUUUACGGAUGACCAGAAGAAUUCGGUACAGGUGUCUAUUAAGAACGCUGAGAAGUCCGUCGACAAGGCCGACGACAUUAUCGACAACAUCGUCAACCCGACGCCGACGCCGCUGCCCUCGCUGGCUCUCAGCUCUCCGUUUGUGAUCGCUCUCAUCACCCUCAGCUGUUUACUGGCCGUGGGCACACUGGUGGGAGUAGCACUGACGGUGCACCGUUCCGUGCGCACCCCGCCGCGUCGCCGGCGGCCCCGGCCGACCGUCACGGGCCGGGUGAACGCCGGCUACCGGCCGGCCGACACGGACACCACCGAGCUGGUGGAACGACCGGUCGGCCGGCGGCGCGCGCCCGCACCCGCACCCGUCCCCGAGCCUGAGGGCUACGACCGGCUGUACCAGGGAGCCAUCCCGCGGGCGCAUACAGUCGACCGGCCGGGCAGCGAGCCGCAGCAGACGCCGCGACGGGAGUUCUAUAACGCCUACUGAUCAGCCCACUGACUGAGGAGCCAGGACUGCCACCAUUCAGCCGGUCCCGUCUGAGACCGGGUCAGCAGGUCCGAGAGCAGGUCAGCAGCAGGUCACCAGAGACUCGGUGAUGUCCAGUGAAAUGAAGUGACCGAACAGUGGCCCAGAGACGACCGUGCGGUGACCGUUCGGUAAUGUGAGAUGCUCGGGCUGCUAAUGAGCAGUCGGCUAGCCGUGACCACGCAGUGACCAGAAGGAAUCCAGCCAUGGUGCGCAGUGACCCACCUUCAGCCGCUCGGUGAUCGCAGUGACCGAUCGGUGAAUGGUGACCUCAGGUCAAAGAAUGAAGCCGACCGCAGCAAAAUAUCCACUGACGGAUGCAAGCCUCGCGAUAUUUCCAUGAUUUAUUUUUAGGUAACUACCACGCUUCAUGUUAUUGUGCUGGGUACCAUUGUGGGCUCGCACUGAACGUGCAAACACCGAUGAUAAGGAAGCGCUAGAGCAAGCAGUAAGCUUUAUUGUACAUACAUGUAAUGGUUGUAAAAGCUCGUGAAUUGUAACAAUGCUGUUAUACGCAAUAAAUGAUAAUAUGAUAA